AUGGCCCGGGCGCUGAGUUGGCACUGCUGCCCAUGGUGCCUGACCGAGGACGAGAAGACCGCAGCCCGCAUCGACCAGGAGAUCAAUAAGAUCCUUCUGGACCAGAAGAGGCGAGACCGGGGGGAGCUAAAGCUGCUGCUGCUGGGCCCCGGCGAGAGCGGGAAGAGCACGUUCAUCAAGCAGAUGCGGAUCAUCCACGGGGCCGGCUACUCGGAGGAGGAGCGCCGGGGCUUCCGGCCCCUGGUCUACCAGAACGUCUUGGUCUCCAUGCAGGCCCUGGUGGAGGCCAUGGACCGGUUGCAGAUCCCCUUCGGCAGGCCCGAGAGCAAGCACCACGCGAGCCUGAUCAUGAAGCAGGACCCGUACAAAGUGACCACGUUUGAGAAGUGCCUGGCUCUGGCCGUGCAGUGGCUGUGGAGGGACCCCGGAGUCCAUGCCUGCUACGAGCGAAGGCACGAGUUCCACCUGCUUGACUCAGCCAUGUACUACCUGACCCACCUGGAACGCAUUGCUGACGAGGGCUACGUGCCCACGGCCCAAGACGUGCUCCGGAGCCGCAUGCCCACCACCGGCAUCAACGAGUACUGCUUCUCUGUGCAGAAAACCAACCUGAGGAUCGUGGACGUGGGGGGCCAGAAGUCGGAGCGCAAGAAGUGGAUCCACUGCUUUGAGAACGUGAUCGCGCUCAUCUACCUGGCCUCGCUGAGCGAGUACGACCAGUGCCUGGAGGAGAACAACCGGGAGAACCGCAUGAAGGAGAGCCUGGCCUUGUUCGGCACCAUCCUGGAGCUGCCCUGGUUCAAAAGCACGUCGGUCAUCCUUUUCCUCAACAAGACGGACAUCCUGGAGGAGAAGAUCCCCAACUCCCAUCUGGCCACCUACUUCCCCAGUUUCCAGGGUGAGUGGUUCCGGGCCUUUCUAUGAGCAACACGUCCCAAAAGCAACCCCCUGAGAGCAUGAC